GAUAUCAAGGCUGCCAGUCGCGUCUCUCGUCAGUCUGGUCUCCAUCCAGCCACCCAGCUGCUUUCUGCUUCCAACCCAACAUGGAGGAACUGUACAUCCGACAUGUGAAGCUGCUCGGCUUCGAGAAACGCUUUUACCCCAGUCAGCACUACGUGUACAUGCUGAUGGUGAAGUGGAGCGACCUCUCGGAGAAACUCAUCUACAGGACGUAUCCUGAAAUCUACACUUUCCAUAAAUCCCUCAAAGAGAUGUUUCCCAUUGAAUCUGGCCAAAUAGAGAAGAAGGAUCGCAUCAUUCCAUCACUGCCAGCACCACGGUGGGUGGAGAGUCAGAGGUCACGGGAAACCAAGCAGAGUACCUUGGCCGAGUACUGCCAGUCGCUGGUCAACCUGCCGCCGCACAUCUCGCGCUGCACACACCUCAACAUCUUCUUCAAAGUUCGACUGGAGGACGAAAACCCACCUGCUCCCAACGCAGUGAAAAAAAGUGAAACCUUUGUGGAGACCAAAGUCAAUAUAUCUGAGAUAUCCGGUCCCAUCAUCCUGGACACAUACAGAGUGAUCGCAGACUUCAUCAAGACAUCCAAACACGAGCUCAAUCUGCACACUGGAGACUUGGUAGAGAUUGUGGAGAAAAACCAGAACGGCUGGUGGUUCUGUCAGUGUGACACAAAACGAGGUUGGGCUCCUGCCUCCUACCUGGAACCUCUGGACGGACCAGAGGAGGCAGAAGACGUGGAGCCAAAUUACGAAGGAGAAUUGCACAUCACUGUCAGAGCCUACAAGAAGGAGACAGAGGAUGAGAUUUCUUUGGAUAAGGGGGAAACCAUCGAAGUCAUUCACAAGCUUUUGGAUGGCUGGUGGGUUGUCAGGAAAGGUGAGGAGACCGGUCACUUCCCCUCCAUGUUCCUGCAGAAAGCCGGCAAAGGCUCCAAAUAUGAAUCCACGCAGUUGCAGGGAGAGAAACCUCCACCUCGCAGGUCCACCAUUAAAAAUGCCAAGAGCAUCCACAACCGAUCUCGACAGCGCCUCAGCCAGGAGGCCUACCGCAGGAACAGUCGCCGCUACCUGCAGCAGAAGGGCGAGCGCCCCACUGCUCUGCCGAGGAAAAACAGGAACGUUGAAAAGUCACCCCUGAGGGAACGUAAGAACCAAGGAAACAUUCCCGAGCAGCUGAGCUUCAUUUCCGAGUGCGAGCUAAAGCAGGAGGCCCCGGUCAUCCCUCCGAGACCAAGUCCAGAGCUCAUCCUGGAACGCUGCACCGACAACACCCGCAAGAAAGUCAGCAUCCGAAACUCCGGAAGCAGCAGCAGCAUCUAGCAUGGAUCAUAGCAUGAUCACUUCUAGUCUCUUCUUCACUUUACUUUCACAUGAUAAUGUAUUGGUUGUACAGAUGCGAUUCCUGAUUGUUCAAGUGAAACAAAAUGAACUUUUUAAGUAAAAAUGUCAAAAUUGAGCCUUUGAGAAAAUAAUUAUUUGAAUUGAGGUCUCUCAGCUUUCUCACAGUUGCCUCUGUUGCAAAACAAUGCAAAUAAAACGCUUGAUGAAUGUAGAAAAAACAUGAAGAAAAAUAUGAGCCAAAGGGUAAAAUCAAAGAGUUGAAAAGAAUUGA